UUUUGUACUGAUACUGACUAUAGUAACAGUUAACCAAGAGAGGGCGCCAUUUAGCUACAUUGCAUUAUGUUGUUUGUUAACAGAUGUGAAGCAAUAAAGCACUCUUGAGAAUGGCAGUCUGUGUGAGAAGUACAGUCAAAACAUGGUACCAGGAGUUAACUCGUAAAAAAUGAGUGUAAUGAAUAAUAUACGCCCACCGGACGAGUUGAAGUUGACGGGUAACGUCCAUGCGAACUGGAAAGCCUUUAGACAGAGUUUUGAGCUUUAUUUGUUAGCUAUUGGACUCGAUGAAAGAAACGAUCGACGGAAGAUAGCUUUGCUGCUAACUGUAGCUGGUCGGGCUGCAUUAGAUGUGUACAACACGUUCGUCUUUUCGGAGGAGGAAAGAGACACACUGCCCGCAGUACUGAGCAAGUUUGAAGAUUACUGCACGCCGAGGAAGAACGAAACAUAUGAACGGUAUGUCUUCAGGAACAGAAUGCAAAAAGAGACUGAAUCAAUAGAACAGUAUGUGACAGACUUGCGCCUUAAGAGUCAAUCCUGCAAUUUCGGCACACUGUGCAAUUCAAUGAUACGAGAUCAAAUUGUAAUAGGAGUGCAAGACAAAAGAGUAAGGAUGCUGUUACUAAAAGAAACAGAACUUACCAUUGAAAAGGCAGUUGGGAUAUGUCAAGCUGCAGAAAGUGCAAAGAUACAACUGAAGUCGUUUGAAAACGAAAGUGAAAUUGCUGCUGUUGAUACAGUGCAAAAGCAAAAGAAAAGAUUUGAUAAGCGACAAACACAGAAAUACAAAGUGAAACCUCAGGGCAGAGACUGUCAGAGAUGUGGAGGUAAACAUGCUCCAAAAGAAUGUCCAGCUUAUGGCAAAGAAUGUCGAAAGUGUGGAGGAAAAAAUCACUUUGCAAGGUCCUGUCUCACAAAGAAAAAAGUGCAUGCAGUCGGACAGAAACAAGAGGAAAGUGAUAGUGAGGACGAAGAACCACUGUAUGUUGAUGCAGCAAUCCUGUCUGAUAAGGACUGUAGCAAUGAUGAAUGGAUAGCACCUUUGAUGGUGGAUGGUGUGACGGUGCCAAUGAAAAUUGACACAGGUGCACAAGUAAAUGUCAUGCCGAGGAAAUAUUAUAACAGGAUGAACAAAAAGCCAAAAGUGAGACCCAAAAAAUUGGACUUGAGAGCAUUUAACGAUCAGCCGAUUCCACAUAUGGGUGUUUUCAGAGCGAGUCUUUCAGGAGAAGGACGCACCAUAAAUGCACUGUUUGUUCUGGUGGAGGAGGACAGGCAGCCGAUUUUAGGUCUGAAAGCAAGUGAAGGACUUGGGCUUAUAAAGAGGGUCCAUGUCAUUGAUAGCGCUCUAGUGACCACUAGAGGUGCAGCACAUAGCAAAAGAAAAGAGAUAUGUGCAGAUUCUACCUCAGAGAUAGUGAGAGAGUACAAAGAUGUAUUCCAGGGUAUCGGUUGCUUACCUAAUCAGUACAAAAUUCGGCUGAAGGAAAAUGCAGAACCAGUUAUCCAUGCAGCAAGAAAAGUGCCAAUAGCCCUGAAAGAAAGACUGAGAAAAGAACUGAAUACCUUGAUAGACAAAGGGAUUGUAAGAAAAGUAGAAGAACCUACUGACUGGGUAAAUUCUCUUGUCAUUGUGGAAAAAAAGAAUGGUGAUCUGAGACUUUGUAUCGAUCCAAGAGAUCUGAAUAAAUGGAUCAAAAGAGAGCACUAUAAGUUGCCAACUAAAUCAGACAUCACAAGCACAAUGGCUGGAGCACAGCUCUUUUCCAAGCUGGAUGCAUCAUCAGGGUUCUACCAAGUUAAACUGGAUGAGGAAAGUGCAACACUGUGCACAUUUAACACUCCCUUUGGUAGACAUUGUUUCCUACGUAUGCCUUUUGGAAUUGCCUCAGCACCAGAGGUUUUUCAUAGAAUUGUGCAGCAAAUAUUCGAUGGAAUGGAAGGUGUGGGAGUUUUCCUGGAUGAUGUAGUCGUAUGGGGUGCUACAAGGGCAGAACAUGACGAGCGACUGAGAAAGGUGAUGGCACAAGCACGAAAAACAGGAAUGAAACUGAACAAACAAAAGUGUCAGUUUGGGGUGAGAGACAUUACUUACCUAGGAGACAGACUAUCUGCUGCUGGGAUACAACCAGACCCCGAAAAAGUAAAGGCUAUAAAAGAAAUGCCACAACCCAAAGACAAGACUGAGCUGCAACGUGCAUUAGGCUUAGUCAAUUAUGUGGGAAGAUUUAUUCCAAAUCUGUCGGCCAACACAAAGACAUUGCGAAGUUUGCUGGAAAGUGGAACUGAGUGGCGGUGGGAGCAUGAACAUGUGACUGAAUGGGACAUGCUCAAGAACAGCCUAGUUAAAGAACCAGUGCUAAAAUUUUUUGAUCCUGAGCUUCCAGUGAAAGUAUCUACAGAUGCUUCAAAGGAUGGACUUGGAGCAGUUCUGCUUCAGAAACAUGACACAGCAUGGUUUCCAGUGGCAUAUGCAUCACGUACGAUGACAGAGGCAGAAAGAAACUAUGCACAAAUUGAAAAAGAGACAUUAGGAGCAGUUUUUGGAUGUGAAAAAUUCCAUGAAUACAUUUAUGGAAGAGAAGUGGUACUUGAAACUGAUCAUAAACCGCUAAUAGCGAUCUCAACAAAGGCACUAGGAGAUGCUCCUCCUCGCAUCCAACGGUUAAUGCUCCGUCUCCAGAAAUACAGCCUGACGUUCGAGUUCACACCAGGGAAGCACCUGGUAAUGGCAGAUGCACUCAGUAGAGCAUCUUUGACCCAUACAGGAUCAAGUAACACAGAACAUGAAGUGCAGGUUCAUGUUGACUGCAUUCAGAAACACAUACCAGUGUCUGAGGAGAAAUGGAGACAGAUUGCUAAAGCAACGGCAGAGGACAGUGAGCUACAAGCUGUAAUUGGAAAAAUCCACAUGCCAAAUGACCAAAAGUUGUCAAAUCCAUAUCAGAGCUUUAAAGAAGAGCUUUCAGUCGUGCAAGGGGUGCUCCUGAGAGGUAAACGGAUUGUCAUACCUAACUCCAUGCGCUCACAAAUGGCAAAACUCACGCAUGAAGGGCACUUAGGCAUUGAAAAAUGCAAGAGACGUGCAAGAGUUUUGAUGUACUGGCCACACAUGAACAGGGACAUAGAAGUACUGGUGCAGCACUGCGAGACAUGUCAGCGGCACAGGUACCAGCAAGCAAAAGAACCCCUUAUGGCCCAUAAUAAACCAGAGGAACCAUGGAGAAAAGUCGGAACGGACUUAUUUCACCUAGCAGGGAGAGACUACCUGGUCAUCAUGGACUAUAAGUCAAAUUACCCUGAACUGGCGAUGCUGACUAACACAACAGCACAGCAGGUGAUAAAACACACUAAAGCCAUCUUUGCGCGACAUGGAAUUCCGGUGACCGUGGUGAGUGACAACGGACCACAGUUCAGUAGUCAGGACUACAGAGACUUUGCAGAGACUUAUGGGUUUGAACAUGUAACAUCAAGUCCCCUGUACCCGCAGUCAAACGGCUUGGCUGAAAAAGGAGUACAGAUUGUCAAGCGUCUUCUAAAGAAAGCUGCUGAAACUGGAGAGGAUCCAUAUCUAGCACUGCUAAACUACAGAGCAUCACCUCUUGAAUGUGGACGGUCUCCAGGUGAAAUUCUCAUGAACAGGAAGCUGAGAACACGGCUACCCUCAGCAGAACACCUGCUUCAGAAAAGACAUGGAGAGUAUGCAAAGACAAACAGCCAGAGCAGAGCUUAUGACAAGAAUGCCAAACAGUUAUGCCGACUGGAACAAAAGGACAUGGUACGUGUCAGAUGUGAUGGAAAAUGGGGACCGGUUGCAGAGGUUAUCAAAGAGACUACACCAAGAUCCUACGAGGUACUUACAGAGUAUGGUAACACACUGCGAAGAAAUCGUCGUCACCUGCUGAAAGUGCCAAGCACCUGUAUGGAAAAUACAGAUACAGUAAUCUCUGAUGGACUGAUAGAGCAAGCACAAGUAGAAAAAGACUCACCUAGCUCUACAACCAUCACUGGGAACAUUGCAGAACCCUUACCUUCCACUGAAACAGGUGGGGGAAGACCACGUCGUCAUGCAGUGAAACCAAAGAGACUGAUAGAAGAGUGUUAAGUUAUGUUGGUAAAACAUAGUAUUUACUAUGUAUUGUUGAAUAUGCAACAAGUUUUUUGCAGUUAAUGUUUAAUAUACGGCAAGAUAGUGUUGAUUUUGAUUUAAUAUAUAAUUUUUUUUUUCUUCUUCUUCUUUUGUUAUAAGGAGAAAGUAUUGUUAAGUUGUUGUUAAAAAAAAAAAAAAAAGAAAAAAAAAAAAAGGGAGAUGUACUGAUACUGACUAUAGUAACAGUUAACCAAGAGAGGGCGCCAUUUAGCUACAUUGCAUUAUGUUGUUUGUUAACAGAUGUGAAGCAAUAAAGCACUCUUGAGAAUGGCA